CUCUCCUGUUGCAUAGGGAGGCUGGCCCGGUGUUUUUCCACUAAUGCUCACCCAUUUUAAGAGACAAAGGUCAGAAAGAAAACCUUAUAAAUAAAAUUUACCGCCGUAAUUCUCACUAUUCAACACCCGUCCGCCGCACUACACUGAAAGAACAGAUACAAUUUAAAGGAAAUAAAAGGAAUUCAAGUCAAUACAGCAUGGCACAGAAAGAGAAGCUCCAGUGUCUGAAGGACUUCCAUAAGGACACGCUGAAGCCUUCCCCGGGGAAGAGCCCUGGCACCCGGCCCGAGGACGAGGCAGAGGGGAAACCCGUCCAGAGGGAGAAGUGGAACUCCAAACUUGACUUUAUCCUGUCCGUCGCUGGCGGCUUCGUGGGUUUGGGGAACGUCUGGCGUUUCCCGUACCUCUGCUAUAAGAAUGGCGGAGGUGCAUUUCUCAUCCCGUACACUAUCUUCCUCUUUGGCGGCGGUCUCCCUGUGUUCUUCCUGGAGGUGGCCCUGGGACAAUACACCUCCGAGGGUGGAAUCACCUGCUGGGAAAAACUUUGCCCCAUCUUUACUGGUAUCGGCUACGCUUCUAUUGUGAUCGUGUCCCUCCUGAACAUUUACUACAUAGUGAUCCUGGCCUGGGGUUUGUACUACCUGUUCCAGUGCUUCCAGCCGGAGCUGCCCUGGGCCAAGUGUAAGAACUCCUGGAACACAGACCGCUGUGUGGAGGACACCGUACGUAAGAACAAGACCCUGAUGCUGGCCGCUAACAUCACCAACUUCACCUCGCCCGUCACCGAGUUCUGGGAACGUAAUGUCCUCAGCAUCUCCAGUGGCAUUGAUGAGAUUGGCGAGGUCAAGUGGGACCUGGCCCUCUGUCUGCUGGGGGUCUGGGUCAUCUGCUUUUUCUGCAUCUGGAAGGGAGUCAAAUCCACCGGAAAGGUUGUUUACGUCACCGCUACCUUCCCCUUCGUCAUGCUAAUCAUUCUGUUGAUUCGCGGCGUCACUUUGCCAGGAGCAUCUGAAGGAAUCAAGUUCUACCUGUACCCAGACCUGCAACGUCUCAAAGACCCCGAGGUUUGGAUUGAUGCUGGCACUCAGAUCUUCUUCUCCUAUGCCAUCUGUCUGGGAGCUAUGACGUCACUGGGGAGCUACAACAAGUACAAAUACAACUGCUAUAGGGACUGUUUGCUGCUGGGAGGCCUCAACAGCGGUACCAGUUUUGUGUCUGGCUUCGCAAUAUUUUCCGUCCUGGGCUUCAUGGCACAAGAGCAAGGGGUGGACAUUGCCGAUGUGGCAGAGUCAGGUCCUGGCUUGGCCUUCAUCGCCUAUCCUAAAGCUGUGUCUAUGAUGCCGCUGCCAACCUUCUGGGCUAUCCUCUUCUUCAUCAUGCUUCUGCUACUGGGUCUCGACAGUCAGUUUGUGGAAGUGGAAGGACAGAUCACUUCCUUGGUGGAUCUGUAUCCCUCCUUCCUAAGGAAGGGUUACCGUCGGGAAUUUUUAUAGCUAUUGUGUGCUCCAUAAGCUAUGCUUCUGGGACUUACCCAUGGUUACUAGGGGUGGCAUGUAUGUGUUUCAACUCUUCGACUACUAUGCAGCCAGCGGAGUGUGCCUUUUGUGGGUUGCAUUCUUUGAAUGUAUUGCUGUAGCCUGGGUUUAUGGCGUUGAUAAUUUCUAUGAUGCGAUUGAAGAGAA